CCCAGCUAAAUCGGACACCCGAAAUUAAUCACACUGGCUGGCUGGCUGGAGAGGAAAAGUAGUGAGCUCCCACCUCCCUCCCUGCAUCUCUGCUCCCACCACCACCACCAAACCCUCCGAUCCAAACCCUCCUCCCUCCCUCGCAUGCCGCCGCGGCCCCCGAGGCGGCGGCGCUGCUGACUCCUCCUACUCCUCCGCGGAGACGACAUGGGCGGGGUGACGUCCACCAUCGCCGCGCGCUUCGCCUUCUUCCCACCCACGCCGCCGUCCUACACCGUCGUCGCCGACGCCGCCACCGGCCGCCUCCUAAUCCCCGAGAUCUCUCGGGCCCCCGCGCGCCGCCGUAGGCGGGAUGGCGGCGGGGACUCCUCGUCCGGCGCCGCCCAGGAGGAGGACGGCACGGAGGUGGUGCGUCUCCGCACGCGCCGCGGGAACGAGAUCGUGGGGGUGUACGUGCGCAACGCGCGGGCCUCCGCCACGCUGCUCUACUCCCACGGCAACGCCGCGGACCUCGGGCAGAUGUACGGACUCUUCGUCGAGCUCAGCCGUCGGCUCCGCGUCAACAUCUUCGGGUAUGAUUAUGCUGGUUAUGGAAGGUCUACAGGGAAACCCACUGAGUAUAAUACAUAUGCAGACAUUGAAGCAGCAUAUAACUGCCUCAAGGAAAAAUAUGGUGUGGCAGAUGAGGAUAUAAUCCUAUAUGGUCAGUCUGUUGGAAGUGGCCCAACCAUUGAUCUCGCUUCACAGUUGCCGAACUUGCGAGCUGUAGUUUUGCACAGUCCCAUUUUAUCGGGACUAAGAGUGCUAUAUCCAGUUAAAAAGACAUUUUGGUUUGACAUUUACAAGAAUGUGGACAAAAUCGGCUUGGUAAAUUGUCCAGUUCUUGUCAUUCAUGGUACAUCAGACGAUGUUGUUGAUUGCUCCCAUGGGAAACAGCUAUGGGAGCUUUGCAAGGUGAAACAUUCACCUUUGUGGCUAAGUGGUGGUGGGCACUGCAAUCUCGAAUUGUAUCCUGACUACAUCAGACACUUGAAGAAAUUUGUGUCGAGCCUUGGCAAGAAAUCAGCAAAACAUGACCUAAAAGAGGCAUCUGCAAAGGAUGACAGUUCUAGUAAAGAUGCAGAGCCUGCAUCUUCUGACAAGCCUCGAGAGGUUGCGAAGUGCCGACAGAUCUCGCGGAAGAGCUUAGAUAGUCGAGUCGGGAAAUCCAAAACAGUGGAUGUUCCUGAAAAGCCACGGAUGAGCUCAGAUGAUGUUGACAAAUUCAGGAGGAGAAGAUGCUUGGUUUGGUGAUGUAUGAUAUGGCACAAUUAUGGUGUAGUAUUGAAUACCAUAGCAUGAGAAUCAAGCAUACAUUGUAGUAUUGUACAGCGAGGAACAGCAUGAGCAGUUCCCGCAUUCGAGGGAUAAGAGCUGUUUUAAUACGGGAAAGAGAAUCAAGAAGCUGCUGAAUAAGCUGUCAUCUAUCAAAGAGGUACGUCUUAACAUGGUUACUUUAUCGGUUAUAGACGCGUGCGCAACCGACCUGUUUUGCAACACCAGUGGCAGCAUCAUUUCCAUCAUGUAGAAGUGUACCAUUAUUGUCUGUAAUCAUGAGUGACGAAAGCAGAACAUUUGCUGCCACUUUGCGUAGUCUAAAGUAUUGGCGCAAUCACAAGUGACAUGUUCUAGUCUGGAUAUGCCAAUAUAAGUGUUCAUAUGUUACUUUCGUCUA